CGCCAUUACCAUCUCUCCCUCUCCUUCUCUCUCCUUCAUUCUCUUUCUGCAAUUUUUCUUUUCCUCCAUCUCUCUUCUUCCUCACUAUCUCUCCCAAACAUGGGUAGUACCAAUAGUCGACACGUUUCUCGGCCUUCUUCUCGGCGAGUCAACCACACCAAACGCUUCAGUCUUUCCUCUCUUCUUCCCUGCGGUGCAUCUACUUCUCGCGCUACUUAUGAGAUUGAAGAUCAUCCAACUGAACUUCUAGUAGACUCUGCUACAGACUUUAAUGAUCAAGUUCAGAAAGUUACAGAGGAAUCGUCUUUAUCACAUUCAACAGAAGCUGGAAUUAGCCGCUCACAUGCUCAAACUGGAACCUCCUUUGGCAGCAGUAUUCAAUCCUGUGAGAAUGCUAAUCUUCAAGAUUCUUCCAGAAGUGUUGCAACCAGCAAUCAGAGGGAGUGUUUGUUUAAAAGAAAGGAGUUAGUUCCUCCUUAUGAGGUGAGUACUGAUCAUAGUUAUAAUGAAUCUUAUAGGGAUAGCAGCGACACAGCUAGUCCUUCAUUUGUAGAACAAAAGUCUUCAGAUCCAGUCUCUGUAAAUAGUUCUGCUAACAAGGAUGCAGUUAAUAAUAUUGAUAAUUUAGAGGAUAGUAGUAUCCGUCCAAUAUCUCAUGAGACAUUGCAUCUAAGGAGUUCAUCCCCUCAAGUGUUUGAAGACUCCGGUUCUCAUGAACAUUAUGUCGAGAGUCAUAGCAGUGCAGCUAUAGCUUCCCAGAAUUCUGAUUCAAGUCCCAGUUCUCAAGGUGCAGAUCUGCCAGUAACUUCUCUGUUGCAAGAAAAUGAAUCUCACGAAGAAACAAUUCCUCCAAGUUUAGGGUUUCUUGUUCCCGACCGGGAAAGAGGACAUGUGAAUGAGGGUGUGCUUCAUGUUGACGUGGUUACUAUAUCUUCCAAUACUUUGUCUUAUAGCAACACUGAUGCCAUUGAUCGUAGUACCAGGAGAAAUGGUAGGAGACCAUUUUGGGAUGCUUUUUCAAAUCGUAGUUCGAGAAGGUUUCGUAUUUCUCCAACCAUUGUCUUCUCAGCUGGUGAUCCUGAUGAUAUAGCAUCUCAAGACCAAUGGUUUCUUGAUUUGAGCAGUGGUUUCUCAAAUGAUGAGGUUGGAGAGGAUUUUGAAUAUCUUGGCAGUAGAAUCCGCAGAUCUAAUGCACGAAUGCUGCACUCAAGAUCCCAGAUCUGGGAAAGACUUCGUGACGGCCUUAAUGAAACAGAUCGGUGGACUAAUUCUUGUCCAUUAGGACUCCACCCUGAUGGCAGGUGUUUCUGUGAGCCUUUCUCCAUGACUGAGGAAUCUAAUACUCGAGCUAGCAUGUCAAGAAUAGUCAUGCUUGCAGAAGCUUUAUUUGAGUUUUUAGAUGAAGUUCAUCGCCAACCCACGCCAUUUUCACUAUCUGUGGCCUCUCUCCCAGCGCCAGAGUCAGUUGUUGAUGCUUUCCCUCUGAAGUGUCACAAAACGGUUGGCACAGCUGAUGGUGUUAGUAAUACUGAACAAUGCCAUAUAUGCCUGGUGGAGUAUGAAGAAGGGGACAAAAUUCGUGUUCUGCCUUGCAAUCAUGAAUUCCACAUGGCAUGCGUUGAUAAGUGGCUUAAGGAAAUACAUGGUAUAUGUCCUCUCUGUCGUGGGAAUGUUUGUGGAGGAGGGUUCACCGGGUCUUCUGCUUCAAACACGGAAGUGGCCUAAGGAAAUUACAUGGGGUAUGCGUGUCCUCUCUGUUGUGGCAAUGUUUGUGGAGGACGGUUCACCGAGUCUUCUGCCUCAAUCACAGAAGCAUUGUCUCGCUGAUGUUGUACAUAUGCAUGUAAAUAUUAGCUUCAUUUCUUCUCCUUGGUAAUGAUGCUCCUAAUGCAUCCUAUUAGUACGAGAUUGUAACUGAAUCUUGUUAUGAUUUUCCUAAAGAACUUGUAGUUACAUAGAAAUUUACUUCAAGGAAUGCAGGAGCCCAGGAAAUCCACUUGUAAUUUCAGGGUGGACCUUUUUUGUGUUUGCAUAUGCGUUUCGGUGCGGUGAUGGGGGUAAAAUGUAUGGAAAUUACUGCCUUUGGAAA